CAGAUAGACCAUCCGCUCGCCGUCUUACGCCCGGCUGACUGUGCAGUCGAAAUGGUACAAAGACCGAUGACGCCCCACCAGAUAUCUUUCUACUACUUGCCUCUCCCCAGCUUUCGCCCAAAUGGGGUCCUUAAAGCCACCACGACUCUACGGCGUCUUCACUUAUCCCAUUUCGGAUGGAGAUGCGUCUGCUGAUUUGACCAAGGAUGAACCCGAGUCCAAGAUCAAUGUCAAGUGUCCCUUGGUAGACUUCCGCGAUCAAGUCUUCCAGAGCAGCUCGCAUGGCGACUACAAGGCGGAAGCCGCGUUCAUGAAGACGCAUGGCUUUACAGCCGUGAAACACGUCUCAGCCAUCACGGACUCAAAUGUGUUUCACGACCCGCCCACCGUACAGAGCAUCUACCACCCCGAAGUCGUGGAACUCGUAAAGCAAGUCACUGGAUGCAAGACUGUGGUUGUGAUCAACAGUAACUGCCGCGGGGAGAUAUCUCCUCACGAACCCAAAGUGGUCAUCGCCGAUUCAGCUCAACAAAUCGAGGAGGCGCGGCACUGGCCAAUGAUGUCGCCGCCUCUACGCGCCCCUCACAGUGAUUACGCUGCGCUCGGUGGUCGACAGGCGGUGAGGAGCGAAGUUCCUGGGCUGAGAGCUGCAGCAGAGGCCGCCGGGAUUAUUGCUCGUGAAGACGCCAUCUGUGGUGCUGCCGGUGUCCCCGUGGACGAAAGAGCAGGAAAGAAGGCUCUGGAGAAGGACUACAAUGGCCACGCAAAUGGCAAGCUGGGCCCGAGAUAUGCUGCUUUCUCCAUCUGGAAGCCUCUCAAGCCUGUCACGAGAGAUCCGCUGGCGUUGCUGCCGUGGUCAUCGGUGCAGCAGGUGGGAGACCUGAAAACAGAAUACUAUGACAAUCGAUUUCUCAAGAACAAAAUGGCCUGGAUCAAAGAGUACGCCACGGUGGAAGUCAGACCAGACGCAGUUGAGCGGAUUGGCAACGGCAGUUCCGAUGCAAAUCAACUCGAAUGGUACUACAUCUCCGACAUGCAGCCCGACGAAGUGCUGUUUGCGAAGCUGUUCGACACCGCCGGCCUGGGCAAUGGUGCGGCGGAGGAAGUCGGGAGUUUCCAUGCUAGUCCUGACCUCGGAGAUGCUGCAUAUGGAGAUGUUAGACAAAGUAUUGAAGUCCGAUGUAUGGCGUUCUGGUAAGCCAUGCAAGGUGAACAUUCGCUGCCCAGGAAUCGACCCGCACGCAACGGGGAUAUGUCCAACUAAGCACCUUCACGAUCAGAGAAAGUUGUGGUUGGAGAAUCAUGCCAAUUUCAAGUCA